UCAGCGUCAUGAUGAGGAAAAGCAAAGAGAAACUUCAGUAGUACUUGUGCAACAUUUGAUCAAAUUUCACCUCUUGGUUUCCUCUUUUUUUUUUAUUUUGGAAAUUCGCAGGAAACGGUCUAUAUAAUCAAUUAAAUACAAAAAAUAUAUACUCGCAAUAAAUAUUUCAAUUCGAAGAACUCGAAAAAUAAUAAUAAAAUGAGCGGCAGUGGUAAAAGCUUAUUAGGUCUUUGGUUAUACAGAACAGGCGAAGAAUGGGCUUUAAAAGAUGGCGAACAUGAAAAAUACAUCGUAGCCGAUAAAAUAACCCCAAGACGAACCAUAGAUUCGACCAAAUCGGUAGUAUUCUCUUUAAAAAACCAAGUAGGUGGUUUAGCUCGGGCACUACAAGUGUUUCAGGAUUUAGGAGUGAAUGUUUUACACAUCGAAUCGAGACCGAGUGGAAGACAAGAUUCUGAAUUUGAAAUACUGGUCGAUGUAGAAUGCGAUAAUAAAAGAAUGGAGCAAUUGAUGAGUUUACUGAGACGCGAAGUAGCCGCUAUUAAUUUAUCGCAUUACGAAGAAGGUGAAGCGUUACCGCCGCCGACUCCUACACCUUUAAGCGCUUCGGCUAGCUUUGAUUUUGGAGAGAUGUCUUGGUUUCCGAGGAAAAUUUCAGAUCUCGAUAAAGCUCAACGUGUGUUGAUGUAUGGUAACGAAUUGGAUGCUGACCAUCCGGGAUUCAAAGAUCCGGUUUAUCGUAAAAGAAGAGAGCAGUUUUCUCAUAUCGCUAAUUCGUAUAAAUAUGGUCAAGCAAUACCAAAAGUACAAUACACUCCGGAAGAAAUAAAAACUUGGGGAACGAUUUUUGUGGAAUUGCACAAAUUGUACGUUAAGUACGCUUGCAACGAGUAUUUAGAAAACUGGCCCGAACUGGUGAAAUAUUGCGGUUACAGAGAAGAUAAUAUUCCGCAGUUGCAAGACAUCAACAUAUAUUUAAAGAGAAAAACUGGAUUCCAAUUGCGACCAGUGGCAGGAUACUUAUCUCCGAGGGAUUUUCUAUCCGGUUUGGCAUUUCGUGUGUUUCAUUGUACUCAAUACAUAAGGCAUUCAUCGGAUCCAUUUUAUACACCUGAGCCAGAUUGCUGUCACGAAUUAUUGGGUCAUAUGCCAUUGCUAGCGAAUCCAUCGUUCGCGCAAUUUUCGCAAGAAUUAGGAUUGAAUUCUUUAGGAGCAUCGGAUGAUGAUAUUUCUAAAUUAGCUACGUUGUACUUCUUCACCGUGGAAUUCGGAAUGUGCAAACAAAACGGUGAACUGCGAGUUUACGGAGCAGGAUUAUUAUCUUCGGUAGCCGAACUCCAGCACGCUGUUACAGCCAAGGAUAAAAUAAAGCGGUUCGAUCCGGAUGUUACAAUUCACGAAGAGUGUAUCAUCACAGCUUAUCAAAACGCCUACUAUUAUACUGAUUCGUUCGAAGAAGCUAAAGAGAAAAUGAGGGUAUUCAAUUACAGAGAAUUCGCCAACAGCAUUCAGCGUCCUUUUGGUGUACGUUACAAUCCUUACACUCAGAGUGUCGAAGUUUUGAGUAACGCUGAGAAAAUUGCAGCUCUUGUAUCUGAACUGAGAGGAGAUUUAUGCAUAGUUAGCAAUGCCUUGCGUAAGAUUCACGCUGAAGAGGAAACUGUUGAAUCUAUAACGCAUAUGUUGCAUUAUGGGAUUAACGUUAAUUCGUCUCCAACGAGUGAUAAUGACUAGAAUUCUUCGUAUACCUCACAUAGAAUCCAUGGUUUCUUUCUAUCGCUUCUUAAUCGCCAAUUCAGCACGAAUCAAUUCAAUAGUUUCAAUUUGAUCGCAGCUUUAGAAUACCUAAUACUGUAUGUAUUUAUUUUAUUUCACCUAUUUGCACAACUGUCAACUCCUUUGUGUAUUAAAAUAAUAAUGAAUGA